AUUUCCUUGCACUAAGCAUCUCUCCGAGUCGAUUUAAAGCGGACCAGCGCGAGUCACCAGCCGGAAGUGUUCUUCAUGGAGGACAACCAGAAGGGGAAGCAGCUGAACCGGGAAGCUACUGGCGAUGGAACUCUGGAUCUGUUCGGAAGGCCUGCUGUGAAAUGCAAAACCGGUGGAUGGUUUACAUCCUCGCUUAUCCUUGGAACACAAGGAUUUGCGGCCGUUGGCUACUUUGGAGUCUGCACGAACCUCAUCCUCUACCUCACCAGAGUCCUGCACGAAGGCAAUGCGGUCGCAGCAAACAACGUGAGCAACUGGAUUGGAACAUCUUACGUGACAUCUUUAAUUGGAGGAUUUUUGGGGGACGCAUACCUUGGAAGAUUCUGGACUGCAGCAGUUUUCCUCGUCAUCUACCUCCUGGGAAUGGUGUUGCUUACACUUACAGCAACCGUGAAAGCGUUUAAACCCCCAGCGUGCACGAGAAAUCAGUCCUUCUGCCCCAAAACUUCACCUGAAAAAACAACACUGUUAUACGUUGCACUAUACAUCAUAGCACUUGGCUAUGGCGGACACCAACCUUGCCUUACCUCUUUGGGAGCUGAUCAGUUCGACAAGGAAGAUCCGAAAGAGCAGACAGAGGCCACCAGGUUCUUCAGCUGGUACUACAUGUCCAUCACGUUUGGUGCAAUCACGGCGGGAGUGCUUUUCGUUUACGUAGAAGACAAUAUCGGCUGGGGUGUAGGAUUCGGGCUCUCAACCGCAGCAGCGGUGGCAGCAGUGGUAGCCUUCUUUAUCGGAGCUCCAAGAUACCGCCAGCAGCGAACCGGAGGAAAUCCCUUCACCAGGGUAGCACAGGUAUUUAAUGCCGCGCUGCAUAAACACCACGUAAAAGUUCCUUCGGACAGCUCACUUCUUUACGAAGUCGACUUCAAAGGCUCUGCGAUACAAGGAAGUCGUAAGAUUCUCCACAGUGACGAGUUCAGAUACCUUGACAAAGCAGCAACGGAGAUCGACAGUGAUACAGUGGCUGGAACCAGCGAGAAAAAUCCAUGGCGACUCUGCACGAUCACACAAGUCGAGGAGGUAAAAUGCAUCCUAAGAAUUCUCCCUAUCUGGGCCAGUAGCAUCCUCUUCUCCACCCUCUACACGCAAAUGAGUACCUUGUUCGUGGAGCAAGGCGCCACCAUGAACACCCACGUCGCGGGCUUUAAAAUCCCGCCAGCGUCCCUUUCCACUUUCACCAUGAUCAGCGUUCUCCUCUCGGCCCCUACAUACGAGUACGUGGUGGUUCCACUAGGACGAAAGAUCACAGGAAAUAAAAGAGGACUUACGAGCCUCCAGCGGAUGGGAGUUGGACUGAUCGUCGUCACGGUGGCAAUGAUCUUCGCGGCACUGGUGGAGAUCUUCCGCCUCAAAUCCGCAAGAGCUCACGGCUUGAUCGAUGCAGCCAAGCCGGUCCCAAUGAGCGUCUUCUGGCAAAUCCCGCAAUACUUCCUGGUUGGAGCCUCCGAGGUCUUCACUUACAUCGGCCAGCUCGAUUUCUUCUACGAGGAAUCCCCCGACGCGAUCCGGAGCCUGAGCGUGGCGCUGUCGCCGACGUCGUUCGCGCUGGGGAAUUACGUGAGUAGCCUGCUGGUGACCUGCGUGAUGGAGCUCACGAGCAAGGGCGCCCGGCUGGGAUGGAUCCCAAACAACCUCAACCGCGGCCAUCUCGAUUACUACUUCUGGCUGCUCAGCGCCAUCAGCAUUCUCAACCUGGCGUUCUACCUGGCCUGCGCGAUCUGGUACAAAUUUAUCCAGAUCGAUCGCCACGACGACGCUGCUCGCGAAGAGCCCUAAAAUAUUUUCUAGGGCUAUUUGAUUUGACUGACUGGUGGGAAAAAUCUGUAAUACAUUUGUG